UUUUUCUGACAGCAGCCGAAGUUUGACAGUGGCGUGUUGUGUAAGUGUUUGUGUUUGUGUUGUGUUCAGGAUUGUGUGCGUAUGUGAACGUAAGGUGGGCAGAGGCAAAUAACUUUUCGUUGCUAAUCGAUAACGCAAACAAAUCUGCUCCCACACAGAAUGGCUCAUUCGAUGUGAAAAAACUGUUUUGUGCUAGGAAAAUCGUGGUGCUGCUGUUGGAAAUUGGGUGAAAAACGAAAGAACCAGUCAUGGAUCGUAAUAUAAAAACGAGAAACAACCUGUCGAACACGAAAAAUGAAUGUGUCCAGGUGGUUGUGCGUUGCCGGCCGCUUAACAAUAAGGAAUUGACCGGGAACUUCCAGAAGGUGGUCGAUGUUUUUCCCAGUCGAGGCGUGAUCGAGAUCCUGAACUGUAAUGAAGCUUCGAGGGAGAACAAAAAGAUGUUCACGUACGAUGCGGUGUACGAUUGCCUCUCCACACAACAAACGAUCUACGAUGAGGUGGUACGCCCGUUGGUUUCCUCCGUGAUGGAGGGGUUUAAUGGGUGUGUCUUCGCGUACGGUCAAACUGGAACGGGUAAAACGCACACGAUGGAAGGCAUCAAGAAUGAUGUGGAGCAGAAGGGCAUAAUUCCACGAGCAUUCGAGCAGAUCUGGGCGCACAUUAACCGUGCGCAAAACAUGAACUUCCUGGUGGCGGUUUCGUACCUAGAAAUUUACAUGGAGGAACUACGCGAUCUGCUGAAACCGAAUGCGACCUGCUCGCUGGAACUGCGCGAACGGGACGGUGGUAUCGUGGUGCCGAAUCUGCAUUCGGUACUAUGCAAAAGCGUCGAGGACAUGCUGAACGUGAUGCAUCAGGGCAACAAGAACCGUACGGUCGGGUUCACGAACAUGAAUGAGCACAGUUCACGUUCGCAUGCUAUAUUUCUAAUCAAGAUUGAAAUGUGUGAAGCAGGAUCCACGCUAGUCAAGGUCGGCAAGCUGAAUUUGAUCGAUCUGGCCGGAAGCGAACGGCAGUCAAAGACGGGUGCAACUGCCGAGCGGCUGAAGGAGGCAAGCAAGAUUAACCGCGCGCUUUCGUCGCUGGGAAACGUAAUUUCGGCCCUGGCAGAAAAAUCACCCCACGUUCCUUACCGUGACUCGAAAUUGACACGCUUGCUGCAGGAUUCGUUAGGUGGCAAUUCCAAGACUAUCAUGAUAGCAAACAUUGGUCCCUCCGAGUUCAAUUACAAUGAAACGCUUACAACGCUCCGGUACGCUCACCGGGCAAAGACGAUCGAAAACAAACCGGUGAAGAAUGAGGACCCGCAGGAUACGAAGCUGCGCGAGUAUCAAAAUGAGAUAGCGGAGCUGCGCAAGCUUAUUAGCGAACGGCAGAAGCGGGAGCGUACGGUGCACCGGGAAAAGAAGUCCAAAAAGAAGGCCACCCGUGUAAAGCGCGAACCAAGCCUUACGCAAUCGGAUGAGAAGUCCGAUUCCGAGGUGGAAGAGGAGGAAGACUGCGAGAAGGAAAAUGAACAGGAUUUCAAUGAGCUGGACACGAAAGCCAAAGAAGAAUUGAUGAAGGAACGGGAAGCAACUGCUUCGUUGGCCGCAAAGCUCCAGGAGCUCGAAGGACAGCUGGUCAAGGGCGGUAAGAACAUUCUAGAUACUUACACCGAGCGACAGUUUGAGCUGGAGAAGAAGCUUUCUGAAAUAGCGGAACGAAAAAAGCGUGAAAUCGAAAUGCAGCAGCAGCUGGAGCUGCAAGAAGAAUCGACGAUGGAAAUUCGUGAAACGUUUACCUCGCUGCAGCAGGAGGUAGAACUGAAGACGCGCAAGUUGAAGAAAUGUUACGCCAAGUGUAUGGCCUUGAAGCAGGAGCUGCAGGACACGCGCGAUGAGCAUAAUCGUGACCGGCGUGAGUUAGAAAUGACACAAAAUGAACUGAUUAAGGAACUGAAGCGAUUGUUGCUAAUAAUUGACAACUUUGUACCGGCUGAGGUGAAAUCACGUCUGUAUACUCAGGCCAAGUACGACGACGAGGCCGAAGAAUGGUUCCUUAACGGUAACAUGAUGCUGAGCAACCACCAAACGUUGACGCGGCCAGUUGCCGAUCCGAACCGUCGGCGACCGAUGAGUGAGUAUGCGCUUCAAAUGAUUAAAACAAAGUCCAGCGAAGCCAUCCGCUACAAGGGCGAAAAUAUACUCGAUUACGAGCUGGAUAUGCCGCUCAGAACGACGUACGAAUACUCGAAUCCGAAAGUGUCGGCUUCGCUACAAGCCGUCUUGGCAGAGGCCAUGCAAACUGAGGACGAUAUCGAUAUCACCGAUCAGUCGAACUAUGCCAGCAUGAUGAAAAUGCGCCUCGAUCAGAUCACCAAGCGCAAUGUGCAGGAACACGCAGCAACAAGCGCCUCGACAAGUAGUGCCAUGGCAGGUGGUGCUGCAAGUGGUGCUGGUGGUGGUGGUGAUGGUGGUGUGUCAGGUGCAACUGUCCCGAGCAGUAGUUCCACGGGUAGUGGUUUGAUGAGUGGUGUUGGAACCACCACCAGUCGAGCACGGUCUUCGGUGUACAGUCGUGGCAAAUCGGCCGCGCCCGCAUUCGGAGCACAUUCGGCAGCACCAGUAAAGAAAGUGUCCGCGUCGGCGCUUAUGUCUAGCAGCCACGGAGGCACCGGUCCGGGUACGGGCAACAUGUUCCCGAAAGCGCGUGGUCUCAUACCCAAGUAGAGCCUGCGCCACGGUGAAACUGAAGUACUCAUCUAGAUGUCAUCAUCGUUAUCGUACCAUCAUCAUCACAAAAACAGAACGAAUCAUGCGUUUAAUCGCCCAUUCAAGACUUUGAUUGAUGAUCUCGCUUCGCUGUGCUUAGUGCUUAAAGUGGCAUUGCUGUGUUGGAACGUACUCCGAUUUGGAGUAUUGGCGCACAUGUUUCCACCUUUACAUUGUUUUAGUUUGCACGAAUCGAUGAAUGAAAGGAAAAGAUUGUAGGAAAAGUUUCACUCACGCGCGCGCUUAUAUCAAACACAUCUAAUUGGCAUAAAGAAGGAAAACUGAACGUUUGAAUAUAUUUGAAAUAUUUGAAAAGGGCACGAAAGGGUAUGAAUAUUUGUAGGUACAUGGCCACUUUCGGUAAAACGCCAUGGACAAGUAAUAAGAGGCAACCGAACAACGGUGCAGGAAGACAAGAGACAAGAAGAUUUAAAACGAACAAAAAUGGAAUGAGAGGUAAAGGGAUAUAUUCUUCAUGAGACACUUAAAUUAAUCAAAAUGAAAAACAGUAAAUCGUAAGCGUUGGGAAAAGUAAGAUUACAAAAACACGUCCAUGAGACGCUCGGAAGGUAUUAACAAAAGCUGUGCCUAGGGAUAUUAUUAUUUUACGUUCCUUUUCCCUAACACCUGAACUGCGCUGAACGCUUUAUUUGUUGCUUUUAUUCCGAUAAGAGCUUCAAAAAAAUAUUUAUGUUCAUUACUUAUUUUUUGUUUGUUAUAAUUCGCGUACGUUGCAGUUGAUUUCAUUCUGCAACAAGUCGUAGGACAAAUCGUUCGUUUAUUAUGCUAAACCUUACUUAACGCGCUUUUUUAUGUUAAAUUUACUGCAACGUUAUUGUGUUAUGUAUAGUUUUUGUUUUGUGUGCUAUAAGUUUAACCAUGUUACUGCAUUUGAUACGAGGCUGAUGUUUUUGAUUGUAAAUAUUGUUUUGAAAAUUAUGUUCGCGGUGAAAGGGGUAAUAAUUUUUGAGAGAAAAUGGCAACUAGCUUCUUUUGUUUGCGUUUAUUUUUUUUUGCCUAACCGAGAGGUUCAUUAUUGUUGAAAUAUUUUUUGUUCCUUUGUUUGUAUAAGUUUGUUAAAUGUACUAUUGAGUUGUGACCAUUCUGGUCCGGCAAAAUGGUUGUAUCUUCACAUCGACCGAGAUCAGACAAGUGAGCGUUUUUGUGACACGAAGUUUGACGGGUUGUUGUACUGCUGUUGAGUGCUUUUGUGAUGCGCAUUUUUACACGUUUGAGGAUAAGCUGGAACAUGUAGUGCGGAUCAUGUUUAAAUAUUCGAUCAAUACGGACAUAUGUUUUUAAAUUUCCCACAAUCAAACUGUCCGAUAAAAAGGCAAGUGUCCGUAAAUACUUCUACAAAACAGAUGGCAAAAAAGCAGCGACAUAUUGGGUGAUGCUACCCAAAUGUCCUUAAAACACAGGAUAGUACUAAUCCAUGUCAACUUAUAUUUAUAUGAAACACAAGAGCAAUGUGAUGAUUUGGUCCCCCUAAAACGCUACAUCGGAUCGUUCACACUUCCCUUUUUCUAAAUAGUAAUGCACCCAAACUUUAGUUGAAAAUUGAGUACACUUUUUUCGGAUCAUUAUCAUAUGCUGCACAUUAGUCUGCUUUUCUAGCGGGAUAUUAAUUCUAUCGUACAAAUGAUACUCUCUUGCUUAUGCAACAUAUAUUGUCGUUCGAUCACAUUGUAUGUGACGUUAUGGAGAAGGCAGUUUGGAUGAAGAGAGCAAGAUGAUUGUGAUCGUCAAUGACAAAAUUUCUAGGAUGAUAUUGGACAGAUGGAAUGUGUGAUGCUAUGUAGCUUCGUCUACCGACUACUCCGGUUGAGUGCUUGGUACACGAUUUUCGGUGUAAGCGGUAAACUACAGCUAACGGUUUAGGGAUGAUGUAGAACAAACGAUGGACGUAUUAUUCAAAAUAUAAAGAAAAUCGUACAAAAUUA